AUUGGGAAUCGCUCUGUCACACCAUUUGGCCGGCCGCCGGCAAAACACCAGUAAAGAAGAUGUCAGGCCAUGCCCUAUUUCUCACGGUUGCCUUCCUUCUGUGCGCCGCCGAGUGCCGCCUCGUCCAGGCAUGGAAGAAGUCGUACGUGGUGUACCUCGGAGCACACAUGUACGGUCGCGACGCCUCGGUGGAGGAUCACGCGCGCGCCACGGAGUCGCAUCAUGAACUGCUGGGAUCGGUUCUUGGGAGCAAGCAGAUGGCAAGGGAUGCGAUUUUCUACUCCUACACCAAGAACAUCAAUGGCUUCGCGGCGUAUUUGGACGAGGAAGUAGCAACGCAGAUGGCAAGGCACCCAGAGGUGGUAACGGUGAUGGAGAGCAAGAUGUUAAAACUACACACGACGAGGUCGUGGGACUUCAUGGAUAUGGAAAGGGACGGCCAGAUCCUCCCGGACUCCAUCUGGAAGCACGCAAAGUUCGGCCAGAACAUCAUCAUCGCUAACCUCGACAGUGGUGUGUGGCCAGAGUCCAACAGCUUCAGCGACGAGGGCAUGGAGGAGGUACCCAGGCGCUGGAAGGGUUCUUGCUCCGACAGCGCCAAGUAUGGAGUGCCUUGCAACAAGAAGCUGAUCGGCGCCAAGUACUUCAACCGCGACAUGCUGCUGUCGAACCCGGCGGCGGUGGACGGCAACUGGACGCGUGACACGGAGGGACAUGGCACGCACACGCUCUCCACGGCGGGCGGACGCUUUGUGCCCCGCGCCAGCCUCUUCGGGUACGCCAACGGCACCGCCAAGGGCGGGGCACCCCGCGCCCGCGUCGCCGCCUACAAGGUGUGCUGGUCCGGUGAGUGCGCUGCUGCAGACGUUCUGGCCGGGUUCGAGUCCGCCGUCCACGACGGCGCCGACGUCAUCUCCGUCUCCUUCGGCCAGGACGCACCCCUUGCCGACGCCAGCUCUUUCUUCCACGAGCCCGUCACACUCGGCUCCCUCCACGCCACUAUCCACGGCGCCUCAGUGGUCUGCUCGGCGGGGAACUCCGGGCCAUUCGAGGACACAGUCGUCAACGCCGCGCCAUGGGUCACCACCGUUGCCGCCAGCACCGUCGACAGGGACUUCCCCAACCAGAUCACCCUCGGCAACAGCGCGCACAUGAAGGGGAUGAGCCUCGAGUCCUCCGAUCUGCACUCCGACAAGCUCUUCCCGGUCAUCAACGCCAGCAGCGCCGCGCUCCCAAAUUGUACAGUCAACCUCGCGUCCAGCUGCGCGAUGGGAUGCCUUGACCCAGGCAAGGUGAAGGGCAAGAUCGUGGUGUGCGUCCGAGGCGGGGAUAUUCCGCGGGUGAUGAAGGGAAUGGCAGUCCUGAGCGCUGGCGGCGCCGGGAUGAUCCUAGCCAACGGCGAGAUAGACGGCAACGACGUCGAAGCCGAUCCGCACGUGCUCCCGGCAACUAUGAUCACGUACAGUGAGGCCGUAUCGCUCUACAAGUACAUGGCGUCAUCGUCGGAACCGGUGGCCAACAUCUCUCCUUCCAAGACGGAGCUCGGAGUCAAGAACUCGCCGUCCGUGGCUGCCUUUUCCUCCCGUGGGCCCAGCGGGACGCUGCCCUACGUGCUCAAGCCGGACAUUGCCGCGCCUGGGGUGGACAUACUUGCCGCGUUCACCGAGUAUGUCAGCCCGACGGAGGUGGCAGCCGACAAGCGCCGGUCGGAAUACGCUAUCAUGUCAGGGACGUCCAUGGCGUGCCCGCACGUGUCGGGCGUCAUCGGGCUCCUCAAGGCGGCGCGUCCGGAAUGGAGCCCUGCCGCGAUGCGGUCCGCGAUCAUGACCACCGCGCGCACCCAGGACAACACCGGCGCGCCGAUGCGCGAGCAGGACGGAAAGGAGGCCACCGCGUUCGCCUACGGCGCUGGCAACGUGCAUCCGAACCGCGCCGUCGACCCUGGCCUCGUUUACGACGUCACUCCUAACGACUACUUCACAUUCCUCUGCUCCCUGGGUUUCACCACCAAGGAUCUGAGCCGGCUCAGCGCCGGCAAGUUCGCCUGCCCAGCCAAGCCGCCGCCGAUAGAGGACCUUAACUACCCGUCCAUCGUGGUUCCGGAGCUGCGCCACACAAUGACGGUCAACCGGCGGCUCAAAAACGUCGGCCGGUUUGGGACGUACCGCGCUUCUUGGCGUGCGCCGUUUGGGAUCAACAUGACUGUGGACCCGACGGUGUUGGUCUUCCAGAAGACCGGCGAGGAGAAGGAAUUCAAGGUGACGGUGACGUCACAGAAGGACAAACUCGGGAGGGGCUACGUCUUCGGGAAGCUAGUCUGGUCUGAUGGCGUCCAUUAUGUCAGGAGCCCAGUCGUGGUUAACGCCCUGGAUUGAUGUGUUCGUGCCGUGUGUAGGAGUUUAGGAUCAUUUCGUUUUGUCCUCGUGUUGAGAAUGAGAUAGGAUUUGCUUUAGCUCUCUUAGUUGGUAAUAAAUGGUGAGCUUCUUAAGUGUCUUGAUUCUUGAGUGUAAAUAAAGCUGGGGGCUCUCAUUCUCCUC